CUCUAGCCUCGCGCGCGGCCUACUGCUCUCUGCUGCUGCUGCUGCUGCUGCUCCGCUGUUGCUGCUAGUGAGCUGAGUGCGAGCAGCGAGUGUAGUAGACGACUCGACGGCUAUCGAACGUCGGAGUGCGUGGCUCUCUCUCUCUCUUUGCGGUUACAUUACAUAUAUAUAUUUAUUAAAUAAUAAUAAGGGACAAUCCGUGCUUGGGGCUGUGUACGUUUGCAUCGGCUCGACUCGACAUCUCUCGCUUUAAACAGACACAGCGUACACACCGAGACGUGAUAUAUACACGAGUUUCGCUCUCUACAACACUGUGUUAAAUACCUAUAUACCGAAGGGCAGUUCUGUGUAUAUGUACAUACGCGAAAAGAGAGAAGAAGAAGAAUACGUGCGCGUCGGUGUGUGUCUGUGUAAUACAUGGGCAUAUAGGCAAGUGUUGUAAAGCCUGUCGACGACUGACGUACACACAUAGUUUGUGUCUGAUGUGUAGUAGAGCAGCCACAGACUCCCAAAGAAAAGUAAUAAGGUCAUCGUCGUUUAUAUUGUAUUUUUAAAUACACACAAGACACGGUGCUCUCCGUGUUUUCUAUGGUUUACGCACGGCCAGCGGAUAAAAAAGUGCAAGUGUGUGCAUGUGUGCGCGCGCGUGGUGCAAAAGUGAAUCUGUGUGAGUAAACACACAAUCGAAAUAUACACAAAUGCGCGCGCGUGUGUGUGUGUACGAGAGAUGUGUAUAGAAACUACUGAGUCUCGCACACACGAAUACACACACGUGUUGUAGUCGGUAUAUCUGUAUAGAGUGCAGCAUAAAGCACGAUAUAGAUAUAUUUUCGCGGAGGCCGCCAUCUUAACCAGUAGCAGAGGAAGUUUCGCACUGCUGCUGCUGCUGCUGCUGCUGCUACUGCUGUUGGUUCUGUUCUGUCACACACAGACAGAGCACGUAUUAUACACGGACACACACGCUGUGUGUAUAAUUCUGUGGAGAGUGCGAAAUUCGCACAGAGAGUCAGUGAUUGUGUGUGAGCGUGUAUUGUGCUCCGUGAAAUCAAUUUUCCUGCUGCUGCGGCUGUACAUAUAAUACAAACACACACACACACACACCCACUCGUACAAGCAAAGUUAUAUACGGAUGUUGACUACGACUCUGCGAUAAUAUGAUUUCAACGAUGGCUGCGACGACGACUGCUGAUCUCGCUACUGCUAAACAGGCGACGACAACCAACGCGACGACGCUAAUGAUGAUGACUUCGAUGAUCGAGUUCGAUCUCGCCAGCAGUACGAUGAGCACCGACUGUUUUACGGUCUAUUCUCGGCGUCAUUGAAAAAAAGAGCACGACGAGUGCCGAGCGCAACGUGAAAACCUUAUAGCUGCAAGUUUUUCUACGUAAAUCAUCUCGUGUGUUGUAUGCACGACUCAACCCACACACACACACACACACCGACAUACGUACGUUAUAGUCGCCGCAGUACAGUCGCUGCUGCUCAGCUCGGCUCGGCUCGUCUCUAUAUCUUGUGUAUCGUCGUCUGCAUCUGUUCAUCGCGAAAGAUACACAAUAUACCACCACCUCUACAUCCACGUAUGCAUAAUAUACGUUUCACCGAAGAACAAGAGUUGUGCAAUUUAUAUUCAUUGACAGUGUGUGUGUGCUGCUAGACGGUGCGUGUGUGCCCGUGCUUGUGUACUACUUUAGAUAUAUAGACACGCUCACGCAUACAGAAAUCGGAAAAGUGUCGGGCAACGAGAAGACGACAGCAGCACAGAAGAGACGCGCUGCAAAUACACCGGAGAGCCACUCGAUAUUCUGCACAAAAUUCUCCAGCUUCGUUUCUUCUUCUCUUCUUUGCCUUUUUUUUUCCUAAAGUGUGCGGUGGAAAAAUUUCUGUGCGCCCGCCAGUACGCGAUACAGUGAAAAAAGAACAUCGCGCUGCGUUUGUUGCUAUAAUAAACGUCGUCUCUCUCUUUUUUUUUUUUCUGCCACUUUUGCAGAAUUUCCCAGAGGCAACCCACGUAUAUAUCAAAGUGUCCGCGCUCGUGUGUUCGAGUGUGCGUGCUUUCGUGACCGAGUGUGUCAGUACAUACAAUACUGUACGUUUUCUCGAUUCAGUGACUGUGCGAGUGCAGAAAAAAGUUUGCAAAUCAUCGUCGUCGUCGCGUUCGCCGCCACCGAGUGAUUUAAAUACCCCCGUGUAGCGUGUGGCCGAUCGAGUGUGUGCGACAAAAGUUAAAAGGCCGCAGCGCGCUGUGCAGGUGCAUCAUUUUUCGCCAGCAGGCGCGAUUAACGAAAAAAGCCAGCGCAAUUCUGAGAAAACUCGACAUCCGUGGAGCCCUGGCUGGCUCGAGCGGCUCCAACUCGUCGUCGUCGUCGUCAGCAGCAGCAGCAGGUAGCAGCGGGGCCGCCUCCACCUCGGGCAGCGGCAAAAUGGGCAACAAUGCAACGAGCUCCAACAAAAAGGUCGACGCGGCCGAGAGCGUCAAGGAGUUCCUCGAGCAGGCCAAGGAGGAGUUCGAGGACAAAUGGAAGAAGAACCCGACCAACACGGCGUGCCUCGACGACUUCGAGCGCAUCAAGACCCUCGGCACCGGCUCCUUCGGACGCGUCAUGAUAGUCCAGCACAAGCCGUCCAAGGAGUACUACGCCAUGAAGAUACUCGACAAGCAGAAAGUCGUCAAGCUCAAGCAGGUCGAGCACACACUCAACGAAAAACGCAUUCUUCAAGCCAUCAAUUUUCCUUUCCUCGUCUCGCUUCGUUUUCACUUUAAGGAUAAUUCUAAUCUCUACAUGGUGCUCGAGUACGUUCCUGGAGGUGAAAUGUUCAGCCAUCUCAGGAAAGUUGGGCGCUUCUCAGAGCCACACUCCAGGUUCUAUGCUGCUCAGAUUGUGCUGGCCUUUGAGUAUCUCCAUUACUUAGAUCUUAUUUACAGAGAUCUCAAGCCUGAAAAUCUGCUGAUAGAUUCGCAAGGUUAUCUCAAGGUCACAGAUUUUGGCUUCGCUAAGAGAGUCAAGGGUAGAACGUGGACCCUAUGCGGUACACCAGAGUAUCUAGCCCCUGAAAUUAUUCUCAGCAAAGGUUAUAACAAAGCUGUAGAUUGGUGGGCACUUGGAGUGCUAGUGUAUGAAAUGGCAGCUGGUUAUCCACCGUUCUUCGCUGAUCAACCUAUACAGAUUUAUGAAAAAAUUGUCAGUGGAAAAGUGAGAUUUCCAUCCCACUUUGGUUCUGAAUUGAAAGACCUUCUACGUAGUUUGCUGCAAGUCGAUUUAACUAAACGAUUUGGCAAUCUAAAAGCUGGUGUCAAUGAUAUUAAAGGACACAAGUGGUUUGCCAGCACUGACUGGAUAGCUGUCUUCCAGAAGCGUAUCGAAGCACCCUUUAUACCUAGAUGUAAAGGUCCAGGAGAUACAAGUAACUUUGAUGAUUACGAAGAAGAAGCACUGAGAAUUUCAUCAACUGAGAAAUGCGCAAAGGAAUUUGCUGAAUUUUGAAGGGUUUGCUCCAAAGUAGCUGGUGGAUAAAAAGUAUAUGAAAAUGAAAAAUGUUAAAUUCACAAAAGAAAUCAGCAAAGUAUUCAUUGAAGAAUCAAAGUUCAAGAUACUCAGGAAAGUUUUGUUUGUGACACAGAAUAUACUAAAAUUCAAUUCACAACCCCAUACUACCUGACCCUGAAUGAUCAAUCAUUCAUCAGACAGACAAAGGAGUUACAUACCUAUCCGUAUAAGUUCUCCUGGGUUGUCAUGUUCUGCCAUAAUACUGUAUAUUAUGUUCUUGUAAAACAAGAUAAAAUCCUAUGUAGGUAAAAGAAGCUCUACCCUUCCCAAGAUUAAGUGUGGAACAAGAAUGGUGCUGUGAGUGAAAAUAUGUGAGAAUAAAAUAUUCCUCUACAAACUCUUAGAUAUUUUCUUGUUGCUGAAAUUGUGGACUCGCUUAUUUUACUGAACAAAAGACAUUAAAAGUUUCACAAUAAUAUAAACGAGAGAAAAAUCGUAUUAUCAAUCGAAGAUGAUGGUCCAAAUUGUGACUAAUUUAAAAUGCACAUGCUUCAAACACAUCUCUACGUUUUAAGUGGAAGAAAAUGCGAAUGUUUAUAAUUUUUCUUCAAUUUCAUUUCAAGAAAGAGUGAGUGAAGAAUAAAAGUAAGAUACAUAAGGAACCGCAAAACAAAACAAAAGCAAAUAUGCCCUAGAGUUUUUUUUUCAUAAAAAAAAACCUCAUCUUAUAUCUAUCGAGAACCGUCGAGGAUCAUACUAAAAGUUAUUAAUAUUAUUAUUAAUUAUUGUCCAAAAAGAAGCGAAUGAAAAAGUGUGCCGAAUUAUGUUUAUGCAGAUAUUGUAAUAAUGAACAAUAUACAUAAUUAUAUAUAAAUAAUACAUAAUAUAAAGUUCCAUGUAAUUCUGAACAA